CUCCUGUGUCCUGCACGGCUCGCCUCCGUUGGUCUGGGAGGAGGAAGUCACGCGGGAAGGGAAUGUCAGGGGGCCGGGCGCCUAACUGCGCCUGUUCCACAGGAGCUUGAAAGGUGCAGCUGCACAGGGGUGUGCUCUUGUCUGCUUUUCCUUCUAGGUUUCGUGGGCCACUGCCCCACCAAAGCCCGUGCCCCCGCGUACACGUUUCGCGGGACCAAACCGCCUGCGGCCGAGAGCUGUGGGCCGGGUCCCUGCUACUUUGUGGCGCCCGCCAUCACCAGGAACGGGAAGUGCGUGGCUCCGGGCGCCCACCUUUGCGGACGACCCACGAUGGAGACCACCGUCACCCCCGGACCCAGUGACUACCGCACCGAGGCAGCCAACAGGCACGUCUUCAAGUGCCCACCGGUGCAGUCCAUGGCUUUCCGGCGGGAGCCCCUGCGGACAGACCGCCCUCCAGGUCCAGGCACCUACACACUGCCCAGGCUGAUGGGCCCCAAUACAGCCUGCACGUCGGCCAGCCCCUGCUACUCCAUGAGGGGAAGGAGCCAGCGCGGCCGCUUUGAUGAAGACCUUGCCAAGACUCCAGGUCCUGCGGCGUUGCCCAAAGUCGCUGUGGAUACCUACAAGACCAGGGCGCCCGCGUACACCAUGGCGGCCCGACCA